AUGGCUAUCGGUUUGCCCGGUAAUCUCGCCAAGCAAAUUCUCCGACGAUCUGGGUCUGGCUCGAGCAAAUCAUCCUCCACAAGGUUUCCAGAUGUGCCGAAAGGUUUCUUGGCAGUCUAUGUUGGAGAGACUCAGAGGAAGAGAUUUGUUGUCCCAGUAUCUUACUUAAGCCAGCAAUCUUUUCAGGACUUGCUGACCAUGGCAGAAGAAGAGUUUGGGUUUGAUCAUCCAAUGGGCGGGUUAACAAUUCCCUGCAGUGAAGAGACUUUCAUUCAUGUUACUUCAGCCUUGACCAGAUCUUAA